AUGACAACGCAUGUCAAGAAAAUAACGGAACGAGCGUCCGGCAUCGCGGGCUCCAUGUCACGUCUCAUGCCCAGGAUAGGCGGCCCGAGACAGAGCAGAAGAAGAUUGCUAGCCACCGUGGUGAGGUCGGUCGUCCUCUACGCGGCUCCUGCCUGGGAGGAUGCGCUGAAACAUAAGAAAUACGUCAACAUGCUACGAACAAUAGAGAGAAAGAUGUCUAUCAGCGUCACGUCGGCGUAUAGAACAACAGCUACCGACGCGGCAGGGGCCUUAGCGGGCUGCCCACCAUACGACCUUCUUGCCUGGGAACGGGCCGAGAACUGGCGAACCAAGGGCCUAUGCAAGGAACAGACACGAGCGAAGAUCCUAGACCGAUGGCAGGAUAGAUGGAUGGGGUAUGGCGGAUGGGCGCGCACUUUUAUAGCCGACGUGCGAGUCUGGCAGAAGGAAGGGCCAGAGACCGACUAUUACGCAACACAAGCGAUAGUAGGGCACGGCAGCUUUGGGACUUACCUGAAAGAGAUCAGGAGGAGGGAAAAUGACGAGUGUUGGUUCGGUUGCGAGGUUCCGGACACCCCGGCUCACACCAUUUUCGAGUGCCCGAAGUUUGACGAAGUUAGGCGACAGGCAAAGGAUAAGGUCGGUAAAGAGGUGACCGAGGGAAAUGUGGCGGAAAUGUUAGUGAGAAGUGAGGAUUCCGGACUUGCGGUGAUGGAAAUGCUGAGGGAAAUCAUGAAGAUCAAGGAGAGGGGUGAAUACAAAUGGGAGGCAACACGAGAGGGGGGACACAAUCCCCCCUCAUCCGGGUAG